GAGAGAGUUGCCAACGUGUCAAAAAAACUUGGACAGGAGAACCCUUUCACGAUCCUUGGCUUGGAUUUAAUUGUCCACCUCAUUUUCUGUGUGGUUAGGCAGACAGGUCAGAGGUCAGCACCGAGAGGAGCGUUGUCACAUUUCGAGUCGACGUAUUUGAUCUACAAGGGAUGCAGCUAUCUCAGCGUCGCGCUGGUUGUAAACUUGUGAUCAGCUGACUUUUAUUUUGGCUGUGGUCAUCUCGACCAAUCUUCCAACCAACCAUGGCGUUCCAAUUUCGGUACUAUAUUGUCACCCUGGGCUUCCUACCUUUCAUCCUCAAUCAGACUUCGGACACUCAAAUGUUUUACUGCGCCGACUGGAAUUGUGAAGAAUUUAUUUCCAAAGGCAAAACUCUGCUCAACUAUAUGGGAAAGACGGAUCGCCAUUUAUCAUUCAGGCAGAAUGAGGACAUAAAGAUUUUAGGAAAACCGGUUGAUAUAAAUGGGCCGGAUUGGAUUGGAACGGUACGAACAAAAGUUGGACUGGUUCCCAAGAGUAUGGUGCGAGAAGAUCAAGUUGGACGACGGUCGUCUACGUUUAAAUAUCCGCUCAACGAACUUCCAAUUUGGCCUAAUCCAGAAAAUGAGGACCUGCUCGGUAGUGUUGGGUUAGAUGGGUUAGAGCAAGAUGUCGAGCCUAAAGAAGAGGAAACCGCCAACGUUAACGGUUCUUCAUCGAUUGAUAUAAAUUCUGAGGUCAAUGAAACGAUUGUUGAAACCACCACCACCCCAACUCUAGUGGAAGAAAAAACGCCACAAAGCAAUGAAACUGAAGUACUCGUCGACACAAAGGACACAUCUUUACCACCUGCUAAAGAAGAUGAGGAGGAGUCGGGCUACGUCAGUGAUUCUUCAUCAAUCGGUAUAAAUUCUGAUGCCAAUGAGGUGAUUGUUGAAACCACCACCACUCCAAGUUCAAUAGAAGUAGAAGCGCCACAAAGCAAUGGAACUGAAGUACUCAUCGACACGAAGGACACAUCUUUACCACUUGCUAAAGAACAGGAGGCGGAUUCGGCCAAGGUCAGUGAUUCUUCAUCAAUCGGUAUAAAUUCUGAUGCCAAUGAGGUGAUUGUUGAAACCACCACCACUCCAAGUUCAAUAGAAGUAGAAACGCCACAAAGCAAUGUAACUGAAGUACUCGUCGACACGACAGACACAUCUUUACCACCUGCUAAAGAAGAUGAGGAGUCAACCAACAUCAGUGAUUCAAUUGAUAUCAAUUCUCCUGUCAUUGAGUCGACUGCUAAAACCACGACCAUCACCACCCCGAGUCCGAUGGAGCAAGAAACGCAGCAAAGCGACGAAACUGAGCUACUCGCAGGGGACACAUCUUCGACAUCUCCUAGCGAAGAGGAGGAGGAAUCGGGCAACGUCAGUGUUUCUCCAUCAAUCGAUAUAAAUUCAGAUUUCAAUGAGGCGACUAUUGAAGCCAGUACCACUCCAAGUCCAGUGGAAGAAGAAACGCCGCAAGUCGAACACACUGAGCUACUCGUAGAGGACACAUCAGCGGAGAGUGAUUCAAUUGACAUUAAUUCUCUUACCACUGAGUCGACUGCUCAAAUCACCGCUACUCCAAGUCCAGUGGAAGAAGAAACUCCGCAAAGCGACGAUAUUAACCUACUCAUAGGGGACGUAUCUUCAUCACCUGCUAGCAAAGAUGAGGAGGAAUCGGUCAGCAUCAAUAGUUCUUCAUCAAUCGAUAUAAAUUCAGAUUUCAAUGAGGCGACUAUUGAAGCCAGCACCACUCCAAGUCCAGUGGAGGAAAAACCGCCCCAAAGCAACGAGACAUCAUCACCAAUUGACAGCAAGGUUCUCCCAACAGACAAGAAAGGUUGGGGGGAAAAUCUGGAUGAUGGAGGACAUUUGUCAUCGGAACAAAAUCCGACCUACAGUGAAGACCACCACCACGACCAUGACCACGGUGACCAUGAUCAUCAACAUUCACAUAGUGAUCAGGGCAUCAACAAGGACACCUCCUCAUUUAUUGUUAUCGCAAAGCAUUUAAGUUCCACAUUGUUGUCUUUCCUCCCCGAGCAUCUUCAGGAUACAAUUUUGGACGUUGACGAUGCAUUGGUAUUCACAGGGAUUAUUGCCCUCACACUCGUCUCUAUCUGCGUUCCCUAUUUUCUCAUCGAGGGAUUCUUCUCUGUGCGCCCCUUGAAGAAGAAGGUGGUGGAGCUGAACAAAUCCUUGUGGAAGGUGAGCACAGCUUACGAGAAUCAACAGGAAGAGUUUGAAGACUACAAGAAGAAGGCGCUGGCUUAUGACGAGGACAAGAAGCGUGUGGAGCAGCUAGAGUACGAGCUUGUUCUUUUAAAAAAGCUGGAAGAAAAGCAAAAGGAGCAGGUUGUCAAAUAUCAAAAGGAAUUGAAAAAUCACAAGGAAUUGACCGGUGAUAUGCAAAGUUUCUUGGACAAGGAGGUGGAAAAAAAGAAAAAGAUCAUGGAAGAGAAGGAAAAACUCAAGACGACAGUAACCAGUUUGAAGGAUGCAUUGCGACGAACCGUCGAUGAUUUAACGGAUUCUCAAGCACAGUCAUCAUCAGCGGUGAUGGAGCUCGAGUUGGAACGACAGACUAACGAAACGCUAACCAUGAAAUGUGACAUGCUCGAGAAGGAAGUUGGCGAACUGAAGUCCAAACUCCUUCUCGAAGUUGAUCGCCGUCGAGCUGUGGACAAUGAACGAAACGAGCUCGAAAAAUCAAAGUCUCUCCUGGGCGAUGAGCUAGUCAGUUUAAAGCAAAUCUGCCAACAAUAUGAGGAUGCCGUGAGUGCCUUAAAUACCGAGAUUAGUAACAAGGAGAAUGAGCUGUUUGCCCUCCAAGAGACGCUGGGAGAGGACUCUCCAUUGUUAGACAUUGCUGAAUUAAAAGGCAAGUUAGUAGGCGCAGAAGAGUCCAUUUCCGCCUUGAAGCACAGGUUGGAUUCCACAACCUUGGAAAAUGCCUCCCUUUCUCGAAAUUUGAGGGAAGCCAACGAAUCGUUGUCUUCCGUGCAGAAGGAGAAGGACGAAACCACGAAUCGUCUCGUCGUGCUGGAGGCCUGGUUCAAAGAGAAGGAAGAAGACCUCCGGAAGGCAGUGGAGCAAUACGAGGCCGAGAAGAAGCUUCGAGGGAAGGGGAAGGAUGAACUCUUACAAAUGUUGGACGCCAGCGCAGAGGAAAAUCAAGUGCUAAAGAAUCAACUUGAAGAGUUUAAGAUUGAAUUUGAAGAAACCAAAUUGCAGCACAGAAAUGAAGUUCGAGCACAGGAAACAAAGAGUCACGAGCAUUGGCUGUCAUUAUGCCAAGCGGAGAGAAAGGCACAAGAUGCUCGGAAGGAGUCUGAGAUGUUGAGACAGAAACUGACUGCAGUCACACGAGAGAAAGAAGGUGAAGGUGUGAAUGGAGACGGAUCGACUGCCAUAUAUCCUUUGAUAACUCCGGACAUGGUGCCAAUUCCCUUACCUGAUGAUAUCAUCCCUUCAUACUUUGGGCUGGGAGAUGGAUUUAUGCCACCCCCACCACUCCCGUUGGAUGAUGAUGAUCGGGAAGUCCAUAGACCUGCCCCCCUCGGAAGAGUGUCCCCGACAUACUCGGAUUUGGAGGAUCAAAUUUCACCCAUACGAGGAGGAAGAGGGGACUAUUCUGAUGAUGGGCAGUCCUCGGGUUCAGAUUCUCCCAGAAGACGAUCCCCCAGAGGUUGGACGUCAAGGAGGGACCGUCAGCGCGAAAUCGCUGACGAAAGACACCACAGACGAUCGGUUGGGGGAGGAGGACCCGCAAACACGUCCUCUCCAAUUCAAGGAUUCAAUCUUUAAAAUUGUCAUCGUUUGUCGAGUCAAAUUUAUUUAAUUAUUAAUUAAAGUAUCCACGUAUUUGUCGUAUAAAUAUAGGUAGAUUAUGUAUGCAUGUACGGUAUGUGAGCCGCCUUAAAAAUGUACCAAUUUCUUAUUAGCAAAACUAUAAAAAUAUUAAAAAUAAUGAAUAAAACAACAAUAAAGUUCGAGAUCUCACGUGAUCGCUCUUUGA